GAAAGGCAUCAAACUAUUUAAAUAACACUUUGUGCUGCCUCGGCUUAAAAAGGGAGUUUUUUAGCGGUGGAUACCAGGAGGCACAUUUUCAAUUAGGCAAAGAGGAAAAAGACGAGCAAAAUUUUAUUAUUCCCCUUUUCACUGUGGAUUUUUUACUUCAUAAAUAAGGACGUUGGAAUUAAUGCACUUUUAAAACACAUUUUCAAGGGAUUUUAUACUUUUGUAAACUUUUUCUUUCAUUAAAGGGAGCAGCAGGUUUGUGCUGCACCAUGAAGGUGGCAGGAAUAAGUUUGCUCUUGAUGCUUUGUUCCUGUGAAGGUGCGAGAGUCGCAGAGAGUCGAGACGACAAUAGUGUGUUUGACUUGUUUGAGCUCAUCCGAGUCCCCAGUAAGAACCACGGGGUCACCCUGGCGAAAGGAGACGACCCGUACAGCCCCGCCUACAAGAUCCUCAACCCGGACCUGAUCCCCCCCGUGCCCGAGAGCGCCUUCAGGGACCUGAUCGACUCGGUCCACGCCGAAAGGGGCUUCCUACUCCUGCUCAACUUCAAGCAGUUUAAACGGACCCGGGGCAGCCUCCUGACCGUGGAGAAGCGAGACGGCUCCGGACCCGUCUUCGAGAUCGUCUCCAACGGCAAGGCGAACACGCUGGACAUCGUUUACUCCACCGAGAACAAGCAGCAGGUGGUUUCCAUCGAGGAGGUGGAUCUGGCCACGGGUAGCUGGAAGAACAUCACGCUCUUCGUGCAGGAGGACCGGGCGCAGCUAUUCGCAGGAUGCGAGGAGGUGAACACCGCCGAGCUGGAUGCGCCCAUCCAGAACAUCCUGACGCAAGGCACUCCAGCCGGCGCGCAGCUCCGAGUCGGGAAGGGAGCAGUGAACGACAGGUUCAUGGGGGUGCUGCAAAACGUGCGGUUUGUGUUUGGAACAACUCUGGACGCGAUUCUGCGCAACAAAGGAUGCCAGAGCUCUGCUUCAAGUGACACAAUGAUUGUGACUAACCUGAACGGCUCCUCUGCCAUCAGAACAGAGUACUCUGGACACAAAACCAAAGACCUGCAGAUGGUGUGUGGUUUCUCCUGUGAGGAUCUGGUCAGCAUGUUCAAGGAGCUGAAAGGCCUCGGUGUCGUGGUAAAGGAGCUGUCCAAUGAGCUCCGCCAACUGACAAAUGAGAACAAGCUUAUUAAGAACCGGAUUGGCAUUCAUAGUGGCGUCUGCAUCCACAACGGCAUUGUGCGCAAGAACAAAGACGAAUGGACUGUCGAUGACUGCACUGAGUGCACUUGUCAGAACUCUGCCACCGUGUGCCGCAAAAUCUCCUGCCCUCUGAUCCCGUGUGCCAACGCUACCGUCCCCGAUGGCGAAUGCUGUCCUCGUUGUGGAACACCGAGUGACUAUGCCGAGGACGGCUGGUCGCCCUGGUCUGAAUGGACUCAUUGUUCUGUGUCUUGUGGGCGGGGCAUCCAGCAGCGUGGGCGCUCUUGCGACCGUAUCAAUAAUAUCUGCGAGGGCACCUCGGUGCAAACCCGCGACUGCUACCUCCAGGAGUGUGACAAGCGCUUCAAGCAGGACGGAAACUGGAGUCAUUGGUCACCCUGGUCGUCGUGCUCCGUCACCUGUGGUUCUGGUGUCAUCACUCGUAUCCGCCUCUGCAACUCCCCCACCCCUCAGCUGGGAGGCAGGGACUGUGUGGGAGAGGGCCGACAAACUGAGAAGUGCGAGAAGUCUCCAUGUCCCAUUAACGGGAACUGGGGACCCUGGUCACCAUGGGGUACGUGCACCCUCACCUGUGGGGGUGGAGUUCAAACUCGUAAGCGCCUGUGCAAUGAUCCUGCCCCACUGCAUGGUGGUAAAGAGUGUGUUGGCGAUGCCAUAGACAAACAGAUGUGCAAUAAAAAAGCUUGCCCAAUAGAUGGAUGCUUGUCCAACCCUUGCUUUUCUGGAGCCAAGUGCACUAGUUUCCCUGACGGUUCCUGGAAGUGUGGGAAGUGCCCAGUUGGCUUCACAGGAAAUGGCGUAAAGUGCAGAGAUGUUGAUGAGUGCAAGGAGGUUCCAGAUGCGUGCUUUGAGUUUAACGGUGUGCACCGCUGUGAGAACACAGAUCCAGGAUACAACUGUCUGCCCUGCCCUCCUCGCUACUCAGGACCCCAACCGUUUGGCAAAGGUGUUGAGGAAGCUGUUGCUAACAAACAGGUGUGCACACCCCGUAAUCCUUGCCUUGAUGGAAGCCAUGACUGCAACAAAAACGCUCGCUGCAACUACCUCGGACACUUUUCCGACCCCAUGUUCCGCUGUGAGUGCAAGCCUGGAUAUGCUGGCAAUGGUCAUAUCUGUGGAGAGGACACGGAUUUGGACGGAUGGCCCAAUGCUGAUCUAGUAUGUGUGGAGAAUGCCACCUACCACUGUAAAAAGGACAACUGUCCCAAUCUUCCAAACUCAGGGCAGGAAGAUUAUGAUAAGGAUGGAACUGGAGAUGCUUGUGACGAUGAUGAUGACAAUGAUGGUAUUCCUGAUGACAGGGACAACUGUCCAUUCGUGUACAAUCCCAGGCAGUAUGAUUAUGACCGCGAUGAAGUGGGGGAUCGCUGUGACAACUGCCCUUACAAUAGCAACCCAGACCAGACAGACACAGACAACAACGGCGAGGGAGACGCCUGUGCUGUGGACAUCGAUGGAGAUGGAAUACUGAAUGAGAAGGACAACUGUCCCUAUAUAUACAACGUUGACCAGAGAGACACAGAUCUGGACGGAGUGGGAGACAUGUGUGAUAACUGUCCACUGGAACAUAAUCCCGAUCAGGUGGAUUCAGAUGACGAUAGAGUGGGAGACAAGUGUGACAGUAACCAGGACAUCGAUGAGGACGGACACCAGAACAACCUGGACAAUUGCCCAUAUAUUCCCAAUGCCAACCAGGCUGAUCACGAUAAGGAUGGCAAGGGAGAUGCCUGUGACCAUGAUGACGACAACGAUGGCAUCCCUGAUGACAAAGACAACUGUAGACUGGCCUUCAACCCCGACCAGCUGGAUUCUGAUGGCGAUGGUCGUGGAGAUGCUUGCAAAGACGACUUUGACCAAGACAACGUUCCUGAUAUCUAUGAUGUUUGUCCUGAGAACUUUGAUAUCAGUGAGACAGACUUCCGCAAGUUCCAGAUGGUUCCUCUGGAUCCAAAAGGCACCUCCCAGAUCGAUCCUAACUGGGUUGUCCGGCAUCAAGGCAAAGAGCUGGUUCAGACCGUCAACUGCGAUCCUGGCAUUGCAGUCGGUUACCACGAAUUCAACGCCGUGGACUUCAGUGGAACUUUCUUCAUAAACACAGAGAGAGAUGACGAUUAUGCUGGCUUUGUGUUCGGCUACCAAUCCAGUUCCAGGUUCUAUGUCGUGAUGUGGAAGCAGAUCACACAGACCUACUGGUCCAGUAAACCCACCAAGGCCCAGGGAUACUCAGGUCUGUCCAUCAAAGUAGUUAACUCCACCACCGGCCCAGGAGAGCACCUCAGAAAUGCUCUCUGGCACACAGGCAACACCGCAGGACAGGUCCGUACUCUCUGGCAUGACCCUAAAAAUGUCGGCUGGAAAGACUUCACUGCCUACAGGUGGCAUCUGAUUCACAGGCCAAGAACAGGAUUGAUCAGAGUUGUGAUGUAUGAGGGUAAGAAGAUCAUGGCAGAUUCUGGUAGCAUCUAUGACAAGACGUAUGCAGGUGGCAGGCUAGGUCUUUUUGUCUUCUCACAGGAAAUGGUUUAUUUCUCAGACCUCAAGUAUGAAUGCAGAGAUGCAUAAAAUGAUGGUCAAACUCUGAGGAAUGCACCUUUUUUUGUAAAGUAAGAACAUAUUUUCUCCUGCAAAGUCCAGGAGCUGAUUUAUUUCUGCAUUACUUUUCUUCCGUGGCACGCACUCUUGGAUGGGGCGAAGGGCGUACUGUUAGCCUCAGGGUAACCUGAAGUUGGUUUGGGCAAAGCACCAGCUAGCCAACUUCCGGUUGAGGAUCAGAGGUCAAGGGGAGCUGAAAAGACUCUGACUUUGCAAGAUGAACACCAACAUUGGGAAAGGUUCCUCAGAAAACAAUGCACUUCACUUCAAUGUCUUUUCAUUACUCUGUAUCUUGUCUUCAGCCCGUGUGCCUCACUUUUUGGAUAGACAUCCCAAAGAAAAAACAUAUACUCUCUGUUCUUUACCAGACUACUCUUUGUAUGAUUUGUGAAUGAUACUUUUGAGGAUUCAAAGAAUGAACACAGCACACUUUAGGACUUGAAAUGAUUUAAGGGGAAUGUUAAGUUGCAGGAGGUAUGUGUUUAUUCAUGAACAGUGUGCGUGGAAAAUUAGCCAUGAAUGGAUAAAGAGAAUCCUUCACCUGCCUACCUAAGAAACUCUGUUGAGUAGAGAAAUUAAGUUUUGCUUAGUUCUAGUUAAAACAGAAGAACCACAAGCUGAUGUCUGAAUUUUUGACUCAGGAUAAGAUGGAAGUGACGCUCUUCCGAUAUUAAACCAAUGAGAAAAAUCUAAUUGCCUGGUAUCAAAAAGCCAUGAUCAAUUUUAAAAUGACCAUUUAGUCACUGAAGAGAUUUCUGUCCCUCAACUUUUGAGGAUUUCAAGAUGAAAUGAUGUAAAUACAUCUAGCUUAUCGACUCUUGCCUACAAUGUAGGCAGCGAAAAGAAGUAGUACUAAAAUGAGUAAAACUCCUAAUAAGUGUCUUUGUUCUAGUAAAAGCUGAUUUACAAGGUGAAUUCGGUAUUCCUCAGAACUUUUUUUAAUAUGAAGUUGGUGUGAUUUUUAUACCUUUUCUGCAGAGAGAGAUGACAUUUUUAAUGUACAAUUAUUACCUCAUUGCUGUUUAUAAUCUGAUAAAACAAAACAAUGCUUUUUCACAAUCUUCUGAAAUGUUGGACAUUCUAGUGCUACCCUAGCAUAAGCUGUAAAUAGUUUUUGUAUCUAAGAAGCAGAGCAGAGUUCCCAGGGCCAAGGUGUACCCCAGUAAAAAUGGGAGAUUUUUAGAUAUUUGCUUUGCCACAUAUUUUCAGUGCUAUUUUUAGCAAAUAAAUUAUUGUUUUGUUUGUCCUAGCUGUUUGUGAGAGCUUGAUUUGUGUGUGCGUAUAGAUACAUGCUAUUUAAAUAAUUUAUCAGGAUGUGAGAUCUUGUAAAAGGGGACAUGUCCGUCUGUAUAAACAGUUUGCACACUGACGCGAGGAUGUUCUGUUCUUUAUUGUUUUUCUUUCUUUUGUUGUUGUGUAUCUGUUUAUAUUAUUAGUUUUGUCUGUAAACAUUUUCUUAGUUGUAUAAAGCAAAAUGAUGUUUUUAUUCGCUGCAAAUUUUUUGUUACCAACUUUAGAAAAUAAAUAGUUGUUAAAAUGUAA